CCACGACUAAAGUCAGAGACGUGGAAGUAGAUUCUCCAGCUUGUCCUCAAUUCCCCUUCGAGUUUUUUCUACUCUUACCUUUGACGCCCCUUCAUCCAGUCAAUCAAGAUGGGCUUCGCUCGUGCCAGUGUCUCUGGUCUGCUCUCAUGCGCUUCCUUGCUUCUGCCUUGCACUAGCACUUCAAUAAUUCCCCGCCAUGACAGCCUCUACUUCAGAGGACCACUGACUGUUGAAUCAAAUGGCAUUGCGAAUAUCCAUAUCAGUUACAAUCUUCCUCUAAAGGGUGAACUUUCGAUCCACUACGGAGCAUGUGAUGUUUCUCUCUCUCACCCGAAAGAAUCUCAUCACCACCAAAUUGGAGCAACAGUCGUAGGCGAUCAUCCCUUUGCAAAGAGACACAUCGACUGGGAAGACAAUCGCCCCGAAAGAUUUGUCUGGAGAGUUCCCGAAGAUGCCCGAGAUGGUGGCUGCUUGUUUGCUUACUCAGGAGCUGAUCUCGUGGGAAGAUCCGAGGCUUUGACCGUGGCAAGGAAACCAAGUCGCAGAGGAAUUGUCCUCGGAGAUAUUGGUGAUGCUAAGGGGCCUUGGUUCGACGGCGUUGAGUAUCUCUCCGCAAAAGAGCCAAAUGAGACUUUCGUUGCCCAAUCGAAGACGAAGUCUAUUGGCAUCCUGGGAGCUGGAAUGUCAGGGCUGAUGAGUUCUUUGCUCCUAGAGUCUGUUGGCUUGAAUGAUUGGAAAAUCAUUGAAGCUAACAACAGGCUGGGAGGCAGAGUUCACACGGCCUACCUUGACAACACGACUGGAGCUGAUUACCAAUACCAAGAAAUGGGCCCUAUGAGAUUCCCUGUCAGUCUAACCUUGGACAACGCAACAGUUGAGAUCAACGAUCACAAAAUGGUCUUCCAACUCGCUGAUGUCCUCAAUAAUCUGAACGGAAACUCUUCCGAGUAUUUAGUGAAUUUCAUCCAAUGGAUUCAGAGUAACUCCAAUGCACCGAAGGAUAAAACUAACGCAACGGCAACAUAUUCGAAUGUGACAGCAGACCUUGCUGCCGAAGAUGCAUAUGAAGAUUGGCUGAAUCUCACGGACGACAAAUUAGCAGCAGCCGCGAAGAACGUAUUCACAGCUCAUCGACAAGCCGUUGAUUCCGGUUACCUCGACUUUUCCGAAUCAGGCUACAUCAAGUACGUUCUUGGCGCAAGCAACAACAUCACAGACGAGAUCGACACUUUAUCGGACAAUUACGACUCCUGGUACUAUGACAGCGUUUAUUUCGAUGCCAGCAGUUGGAAGACGAUUGAUCAAGGCCUGAACCGAUUACCCCUCGCUUUCACCCCUCUUGUACAGAACCGAACCAUGUUCGGGACUGCCAUCCAAGAGAUCUCCUACACCGCUACCACAGACAAAGUCUCCGUUGGAUAUCGGGCAGAUCCUUUCCAGAUUGCUCCAGAAACCAUGGACUUCGACUAUGUCAUCACCGCUGUUCCUUUCACUAAAGUCCGCCUGUGGCGCUUGCCUGAGUAUUCUUCCCUUCUUCAGCGCGCAAUCAACACUUUGCAGUACGAGACUGCCUGCAAGGUUGCAUUGAAAUACGAAACUCGCUUCUGGGAGCACCUUGACAAACCUAUCUUCGGUGGCUGUGGCAGUACUGAUAUUCCGUCUAUUGGAUCUAUUUGCUACCCUUCAUACAAUAUCAAUGGUUCUGGUCCUGGUGUCCUCCUCGCAAGCUAUUCGAGUGGAACCAUGUGCCAGUCCACAGGUGCUCUUACCGAUGCCGAACACGUGGGUCUCGUACAACGUGCUAUGGUCGAGAUUCAUGGUAGUAUUGCCGAGGAGCAAUUCACAGGGUCCUACAACAGAAAGUGCUGGCAGAAUGACCAGUUCCAGGCUGGAGACUGGGCUGCUCCUGCGGCCGGACAACAGGAACUUUACCUACCCGCUUACUUCAAAACGGAAUUCAAGACCAUCUUUGUGGGUGAGCAUACCACUUACACCCAUGCAUGGAUCUGGAGUGCUUUAGAAAGUGCAGUAAGAGGAACGACGCAGCUUCUGUUGGAUAUGGGACUUGUGGAUGAAGCGAAGGAGAUUGUCGAUACUUGGAUGGCAAGAUGGAUUGAGGUAUAAGUAACUAAUCUUGAAGAAGAUAUAUCAAAAAUUAUUCAUGUCGAUGAUCUCAAAUAACGAGUUUCAGCGGCUUUUGAAGCUCAGAAUACUGAUCAGUGAUUUCAUUACCAAGCUUCUUCUGCUACUUGGCAAUAGGUCGAUGCAUACAAUUUGAAGGUCUGGGCUAUGAAACAGAACCCUUCGAUUUCUAUCAACUUGUAUUCAACUCAAAGGUUGGUAAGGUGGGGUCAAUCUGUGCCAGCGCACAGACCAACUUUGUUUGCUGUUCUACCCCGCCACGGUACUUUCGUAUUGUAUCAGGAAUCUCUUCGGGAUCAGUGAGUGCCCAAAUAUUUAUAUCAUUAUUACUGGAUUUUCGGAGCUUCCAUUUAAAACGCAUCAGAUUACGGGGCAUCGCAAGAGAAGUCUAAAACGAAAAUGUAUACGAAUGAAGGUUAGUCGCUACAGUAAGAGCG